AUGCCAUUGGAGCUUUCGGAUUGUAUACAUAGAAUCAAGUCCUCCAAGACAUUGCCAGAUGCUCACAAUGCUCACGCCCACAUUGUCUCCCGCGAUUACCAGCGCAGGCUCUCCCCCAAGGAAUGGCUCCUCGUCUCAAACAUGCUCGUCCAGAUGUUUGGAAGGCUCGGCUGCCUCGACAGCGCAAGUCACAUCUUUAACACCAUGCCCACCAAGGACAGCUUCUCCUGGAAUCUCAUGCUUGGAGCGUAUGCCCAACGCGGGCAUAUCACACAGGCCAGGCGAAUCUUCGAGCAGAUGCCGACUAAAGACUACGUCUCAUGGAACGCAAUGCUCUCGGCAUAUUCCAGAGACGGCUUGGCCCAAGAAGCAAAAGUCUUAUUUGACAAAAUGCCGCAACGGGAUAUCAUCUCGUGGACAGCCUUAUUCACGGCAUAUGCCCAAUCUGGGGAUAUUCACACAACAAAGCUUGUGUUUGAUCAAAUGCCCCAAAAGGAUCUCGUGUCAUGGAAUGCCCUGUUAGCUGCGUAUGCGCAAAACGGACAUCUUGAAAAAGCUAGAGAUUUGUUCCAUUCGAUGCCCUACUGGAGCCUCGUAUCAUGGAACUCGAUGCUAACAGCAUAUGCCCAGAGGGGGCACGUACACGAGGCGACCGUCCUCUUUGACAAGAUCCCCGACAAAGAUCUUGUCACCUGUAACACAAUGCUGUCGGUGUACGGCCGGCACGGCGAUGCUGCCAAAGCAAAAACCCUGUACGACACGAUGUCGUACGUGGACCUUCUCUCGUGGGACGGCAUCCUGGCGGCGUACGGGAACUCUGGGAAUCUAAACCAGGCAAGACUCGUGUUCGGGAAUAUGCCCGAAUGGGACACGCUAUCGUGGAACGCCAUCCUUGCCGCGUGCACGGACAAUGGGUUCGUGGAAGAUGCCAAGAGGAUCUUCGAUGGGAUUCCAAAGCAAGACCUUGUGUCUUGGAAUACUCUGCUGUCGGCAUAUGCCAGGAAUAACUACAUCCACAAGGCGAGGAGCUUGUUUGAUGCCAUGGCGGAGAGAGACCUUGUUUCGUACAACACUCUCUUGUCGGCGCUCGCAAAGUCUGGGAAUUUGGAUCAAGCGGUGGGAUUCUUCGAGCAAAUGCCCGUGCUGGACAUGGUUUCCUGGAAUCUGAUGCUCAGCGGCUUUGCAAAGAGUGGCGAUCUCGAAAAGGCCGAGGCUUUCUUCAAGAAAAUGCAGGAUGUGAAUCUCUUCUCGCUAAAUUCUAUGUUGGCUGUCUAUUCUUCCACUGGAAGGAACCUCGACGAGGCUAUGCAUCUGUUCAGCUCAAUGCCAUCCAAAGACGUGGUAUCUGGCACCGAAAUGCUAACGGGAUUUGCUAUCGUCGGGGAUCUCUUUCGAGCUAAAGCUGUGUUUGAUUCAAUGCCAGAGCACGAUCAAAUCGCCUGGAACGUACUUUUGUACUCUUACGCUCAGAUCUCUGAUUUAGAAACUACAAACUUUGUGUUUAAUCUUAUGCCUAACCGAGACACAAUCUCCUGGACAGUUUUGUUUGCAGCUUAUGCCGCUAAAGGUCAUUUUGAAAUAGCAAGAAGUCUGUAUCACGACACCCCAAAUAAAGACGAAAUCGCAACGACAGCAAUGUUAGGAGCUUAUGCCCAAUCUGGCCAGCUAGAGGAAGCAUUGCAGUUGUUCUUGAGCAUGCCAAGAGUUAACACAUCGGCAUGGAACGCCAUGCUGGUGGCAUAUGCCCAAUACGGGCAUCCGCAGCUAGCCUGGAAAACGUUUCGUGAGAUGCCACGCCGUGACGUGAUUACGUGGAACACCAUGCUGACAAUGCAGGCACAGCGUGGAACGUCCUUGGACCUGUUCCAGGCAAUGCAGCUCGAGGGAGUGAAGCCCGAUGAGGUAUCCUUCACUUGCCUGUUGCUAGGCCGGAGUCACGUUGGGAGCCUCCAGGAAGGAUGCAAGUACUUCAACUUUUUGGAGAUCGAUCAAGGACGGAAGGCCUCCAAGCAGCAGUAUAGUUGCUUGAUUGAUUUGCUUGGGCGUGCCGGGCAUUUGGGGGAUGCCCGUGAUCUUAUACAAAACAUGCCAUAUGUUCCGGAGGCUCAAGACUGGACGUCGGUGUUGGGGCAUUGCGAUGCUAAGGGAGCAAACGAUGCUGCCAAGCAUGUGGUGAAACUGGAGCCCGAGACCUCUGCGCCAUAUGUGCUUCUCUCGAACAGCAAGAAACUCUCCUAUAGUGUUAUUAGUAGUUCUUGA